ACCCUCUGCAGCUGCGCGCUGUGUGUGUCUCAGAGGGAACUUUCUGCUUUCAGUUUCAUUCACACCGACUCUCGCAGCCUGACCCACGGCCACAUCCACGCUUCCAACAUGCCAGGGAUGCUCCUCGGAGACGUGUUUCCCAAUUUUGAGGCAGAGACUACCGCUGGGAGAGUAAAGCUCUACGAAUAUCUUGGCGAUUCCUGGGGAAUCUUGUUCACCCACCCCAGAGAUUACACCCCGGUAUGCACCACGGAGCUGGGUCGGAUCGCCAGGCUGGACGGCGAGUUCAGGAAACGCAGCGUCAAACUGAUCGGUCUGUCCCUCGACAGCCUGGAGGAUCACUGCGGCUGGAGCAAGGACAUCCUGGCUUACAACUGUGAAGAGUCUGAGUGCUGCAAGCUGCCCUUUCCCAUCAUCGCAGACAGCAAGCGCGAGCUGGCAGUCGCUCUGGGCAUGUUGGAUCCCGACGAGAAGGACAAAGACGGCCUGCCGCUCACUGCUCGCUGUGUUUUUGUUAUUGGACCAGACAAAAGGCUGAAACUGUCCCUGCUGUACCCAGCAACCACAGGACGCAACUUUGAUGAGAUCCUGCGCGUGGUCGACAGCCUCCAGCUCACAGCUAUGAGAAGAGUGGCCACGCCCGCCGACUGGAAGCCUGGAGACUGCGUGAUGGUGCCUCCGAACAUGCCCGAGGAGGAGGCCGCCGCUUUGUUCCCAGCCGGCGUCUUCACCAAAGACCUGCCGUCUGGGAAGAAGUACCUGCGCUACACUCCAGACCCACAGGAUCAGGGGGAGUGUGUGGAUACCGAAGGCUCACAGACAGAACCCAAACCAUGCACGUCUCUUAAAACGAGCUUUAGGUUGUGAAGCAUAAAUAUGAGAGCCGUCGUCAGACAUCUCACUGUGAAUCAGACGAAGUGAUAAUAAAAAUUAAUGCAAGCGUCUUAAUGUAGAAGCAGGAUUAUUCUUAUCAAACAUGUUUAGAAUAGGCUGAUUAUAAAGUGGUGGAAAUUAAAACUAAAUAAAUGUACACCGAUCAUUAAAACACAGCUGGGCAAUGAAGUGUAGAUUUCCACUUGAUAAUUCCCCAAAUAUGCUUUUAGCCAGCAUUCUGUAUAUGUUGGUCAGUGACAUCACAAGAGGCACAAGAAUCAUGCUGAUCUGCUAGAA